GGAUCAAGCUUCAACUACAGCCACUCACCCAAUUCGUUUGUGUUCGAUCAGGAUAAGAUUGAUAUACCAGCACUCUCUUCCAUAAUUUCCCCUUAAACCCUUCUAUUUAUGUGUCAUGUUCAUCAAAUGUUGCAAUUCAUUUCAGUAUUCUGUGAUUCCCCUCCCCAAGUUAGAGAUUCGGAAUAAUGAUCGAUCAAGAUGAAUGGAUUCUUCAAAUCAGAGAUGGUCUUUGCGAAGACAAUGAAUUGGUAGAAGAAGAGAGCGAAUUGCGCAUAUGCGUGUUCAACGUCCCAAAGGAAUUGCUGGUAGUGAAGACAGAAGCAUAUAUACAUUCCACAGUCUGUUUCUAUCGGGCCAUAUCACCACUGGAAACCUGAGCUGUACGAGAUGGAGAGGUACAAAGUGGGCGCCGCGCGAAGAUACCAGAAAAGAAUCGCCGCUCAAAAAUUUGAAGUCGUAGUGGAAUUGUUGCGGAAGUACGAGUGGCAAAUCCGAAGCUGUUAUCACAAAUACCUGGACUUCAAUGAGGAAGCCCUGGCUUUGCUAAUGGCGUUGGACGCCGCCUUUGUUCUCGAGUGCUUGCGAUUCUAUGCAAAGCAGGCGGACAAAACAAGCCAGGAAGUGUCCUCGGAAGUAAAGCAGCUGGGAAACGUUCUCGAUCCUUCUGGAAGAAGCGCGGCUCACAAUGCUAUUAUGAAAGAUCUAAUGAUGCUCGAGAAUCAGAUACCUUUGUUUGUCUUACGAAAGCUUUUGGAAAUGCAGCUGCUUUCUGAGGCAGGGGCGGAGGAGAGGCUCUGCAAUAUGGUGACACUUGCGUGCAAAGAAUUGUCGCCUUUCAUGUUCAAAAUGCCGGAGACUUCAAAGCUCCAGAUAAAAGAUCGGGGACACAUACUAGAAGUGCUCUAUUACUUGCUUGUCCCCGUGCCCCCCAAAGUUGAUUCUUUUCGCAGUGCCGUUGAAAUGGAAGAGCAGCCGCUGCCGGAUAUGACUAAUUUCCAGAAAGCUUUUAAUUUGCUAUGGAAGGCGCUCUCUGCACUCAAUGUCCGCCCCAUUCAACGGAUAUUUCAGGCAAGGAAGCAAUUUUUGAGUAUUUAUUUUCAACAUUUCCCUUAUUUUCUUAAAGAAUCAAGUACUCUGUGGCUGCUCUUCAAUGUUUCCUGUUCCUGUUAAUUUUAGAAGAAAAUUAGUUAUCUCCAGACGCGCUUUUAAGCAUAAAAGACUGGAAGCGGCUAAUUUGUACAUAAAAAUGUUGUCCGCACAAAAAAAUUUGUUUCACAAUGCUCUUAAAAUUGGAAAAAUUGGUUGUA